CGUCCCGCCGCCGCCGCCUCCUCCCGGGCCGGGCCCCGCCGCAGCGCUGCCGGGCGGGGCUGGGGACAGGCGGGCAGCAGUAUAUGGUGACUCUGUCAGCAUCCAACCGUCCCAAUAAUGAAAACAGAAGCUAAGGAUGGAGAAGAGGAAAGCCUGCAGACAGCGUUCAAAAAGCUAAGAGUUGACGCAGCUGGAUCUACUGCUUCUCUUCCUGUUGGUGAGGGGACAAGUCCAAGAGCAGUAGUUAGAACAGCAGCAGAUGAAAACAAGCCUAAGAAUGUGUGUACUUCUAAGGAAACCUGGCAUGGGCCUGUGAAGAAGCCUUCAAGAGGAGUUGUGAGAACCCAGCGUCGCAGGCGUUCCAAAUCCCCAAUUCUUCAUCCUCCAAAGUUUGUCCAUUGCAGCACAAAAUCACAUUCCACGUGCAGCCAAGUAGUGCACAAGAGCCAGAUUGAUGCCCCAGAUGACGGCACAGGGUUUGGGAUGCCAAUCCCAAAGGAAACUUGUGCACAUGAACGAUGCUGUAUUGCUCCAGAUGUUGGCCAGAAGGGAGAUGUUGAUUGUUCGGGAACUUCUGUUUUGCAGUCUACAUCAGAGAACAAACAGGAAAACUCUCCCACCGCCAUGUCUCUAGAAUCCAAAGCAGGCCCAGAGACUACGCAGCUCUCUGACUUUCAAUCUGUGUCCAAGCUGAACAAGAAUAAGCCAUGUGCCUGUGCAGAUAAAGCCUGUCAGUGUAAACGAUGGCAAGAUAUGGAAGUGUACAAAUUCUCUGGCUUGCAGAACGCUUUCCCAUUGGCACCUGAUAGAAUAACAGUUGCUGAGGAUCACUCUCAACCUUUGCCAUCAAGAACUCCAUCAAGUUCUCCACGCUCUUGCUCUGAGCAAGCCAGGGUCUUUGUGGAUGAUGUGACUAUUGAAGAUCUUUCGGGAUACAUGGAGUAUUACUUGUAUAUUCCAAAGAAAAUGUCUCACAUGGCAGAAAUGAUGUACACCUGACAACGAGGAGCACUAGAAACAAGCGUGUGGGUGGUUUUAAUGUGACCUCAGUCACAUUCCUGUGAGAUGCGAUCCAAUCAUUGCUCACUGUGCUUGCAAUAAAAAACCUUUCUUUGCAUCCUA